GAAAAAGGCCCAGUAGGUUGUAAUCAACAUGAGGCUCCCCCAGUGAAGAAGAUCAGCUUUAGCCAGCUUACGUUGCUUACUAACAACUGUCAUCCAGCAUCCGAAGAAGAGUGCAAAAGGAUUGAUAUUGUGGACAAUCAGGGACACACCUGUUAGGUCAGGUGAAAUACUGGACACAGUAAGGGAGAAAGAAGACAGCGACUCUGAAAGACGCGAUAUUAUCAAGAGCAGAACUAGUUCUCCCCAGCCAGAUGAGAAUACAAUACUGAUGCCUGUUGAAGAGAGCACUGGAAAGAUGGAGUCCACAGUACAUCACACAAGUGGUGGAGUGCAGCACAGCAUCCAGCCCCACUCUCAGGCUGGUGAGGUGAAAUCAUUUCUAAAGCAUAUUGGAAAAUGGGAACCCUCUGGAACCUUACAGGAAGCUCCUAAGAUCACUUCAUCCCAGGAGUUGUGUGAAAAUACACUUAGAAACCCAACGUUCCUCCAUGCUAAAGUAAAGGGCUCGGUGCAGCUCUUAAAACGACCAAAAGCUCCACGGCCUGGUGUCAAGAGGCAGAGACAUCCCCUCAGACGCCAGAAAGAAUUUAAGAGUCAAGGAUGCAAUAAACCGAAUAAUUUCAAACCCCUCAAGUCCUCCAAUCCAAGUCUGUCAGGAUCCAAAAUAAGCUAUCAAAUGUCUUCAGAAACAGAUAGAAAAGAAGAUGGAAACACAACAAUCUCUAGAGGGGCUUUUAGUCUGAUCUCUGAUCCCAGGGUGUGCGACACAGGGCGUCUCUCACAAGAGGAUAGAGAAUUUAUGUUAGAGGAGGUUGGAAAAGCGAAAGCGUUAGUUGUUACCAUGGUAUACCAAGACGGCACAAUACAACUGGACCCAGAACAGAAGCUGUACCCUGCAGUGUGUGGCCUGCUGGUUUUGCUGAAGACUGAUUUGGACUCAGAGGGACUACAGGACAGACCACCAGAGAGGGUGCUGUACCUCAGACUAGAGCAGACACCAGCCUGGGCCCAACAAGACUUAACACAAAAGCAGGAUGCCUUUACCAGAGAGCUGCUGCUGCAGAUGAUGUGUGGCACAAAGCUGUUUGUGUGCUUUAAAGCUAAAGACCUGCUUCGCACAGCAUUGAAACACUUCAGCAGAGACCUGAGCUGGAAACAAGUGUUGGGGAGUCAAUUCAUGGAUCCUCAGAUUGCUGCGUGGUUGUUGGAUCCUGGUGACUCUGCUUCCUGCUUUCAGACCCUGCUUUCCAAACACUACAGACAUCCAGUUAUGCCGACACUACAACCUGUGCUUGGGCAAGCCAAGGUGACUCAAGCAAUCUCAAAUUUGUCUCUCCUACACAAGCUAAUGGGGGAACUACAAAACAAGCUUCAGACUCAGGGGCUGUGGCAGCUCUAUUCUGGCAUAGAACAAAAGAUGAUUCCAGUUCUGGCAGCAAUGGAGAGCUAUAAAAUUAAUGUGGACAAGGAGGCCUUGAAAAUGACUUCACAGAUUUUGGGGUCUAAGCUGAAGCAGUUAGAGCAGGAGGCUCACCAGGCUGCAGGUCAAAAGUUCUUGGUGUCCAGCAGUGCUCAGCUCAGACUGAUCCUGUUCGAGAAGCUGCGUUUACAUGAACUUUGUGGGAACAAGAAGCUUCCCAAAACAAUCAAACAACAGCGGUCUACAUCAGAAACAGCUCUAUUACAACUACAGAAGCUGCAUCCACUGCCCAAAAUCAUACUGGAAUACAGACAGAUUCACAAAAUCAAGACUGCAUUUGUGGAUGGCAUUUUGUCUUGUACGAGCAAGACGUUCAUUUCUUCCACAUGGAAUCAGACAAGUACAGUGAGUGGCAGGCUAUCUGCUAAACAUCCUAAUUUCCAAGCUCUUCCGAAGCAGUCACUGCAGAUCUCUAAGAAACAGUACAUCCAAGGAAAGAACCCUGACGUAGUGACUGUGCACCCGCGUGCCAUGUUCAUUCCACGAGAAGGUUGGACAUUCCUCUCUGCAGAUUUCUGUCAGGUGGAGUUGCGUCUCUUAGCUCAUCUGUCAGCUGACCCACAGCUACUGAGAAUCUUUCAGAACCCUGAAGCAGACGCUUUCACCAUGCUGGCGGCCCAGUGGAAGGGUGUGAGUGAGGACAGAGUGAGUUUGGAGGACAGAGAGCAUGCCAAACGUAUCGUCUACUCUGUGGUUUAUGGAGCUGGAAGAGAGCGGUUAUCUGGUAUUCUGGGUGUGAGUGCAGAGGAGGCCAGCCGUUUUCAGGACUCUUUCCUACAGACGUACAAAGAGGUGCCGGCCUUCAUCCAGCACACCAUCCAGCACUGCCACAAACACGGUUUUGUGAAGUCCAUAAUGGGAAGGCGCCGUCCCCUCCCUCACAUUCACUCUGCUGACUGGAGCCUUCGAAACCAAGCAGAGAGACAGGCCGUCAACUUUGUACUACAGGGCUCAGCUGCAGACCUAGUCAAAAUGGCUAUGAUCAAAAUCUGCUCCCAAGUGUCCUCUGCCUCUUACACUGCCAGGCUGGUGGCUCAAAUCCAUGAUGAGCUACUGUUUGAAGUGGAGAUCUCACAAUUAGACCAGAUUGCUGUGCUGGUGAAGAAGUCCAUGGAAUCUCUUCAGCACAUUGCAAAUUUGGGAAUGAAUCUCUCUGUGCCUCUCAAAGUCUCACUGUCCACUGGACGGUCAUGGGGCUCAAUGUGCGAAAUGAACCUCCCCUGCACCACUACAGCUACUUCUUUCUGAGUCUCCCGCUCUUCCUCGCCAUCCCGUUACUAUGGUAACCGGGCAGCUGCAGUUCCCAAUUCUUGUUUCUCACUGAUGUAUCCGAGGGCAACGGUAGGAGCAGGCUGGAUCGUACCAGUUUCUAUUUUGGGGGAGCUUCCCUUAAUUCAUUUUUAUCCUUUCACUGUUGUUCUGUUCUUCUCUCUGUUCAGACGCUAGUAUCUCUUUGCAUGAGAAUAGAAGUAGUUAAUAAAUCUGUAAGGUUUUUUUUUUUUCAUUUACAAUGUUUAUGCAUGUUAUAUUGCCAUAUACUUUUCAAUAUAUCUGUCUACUCACAUAUUCGGUAAAUAAAUAUGAGCCUCCGUCAUGGAUGGGCUUAAUUUCAGCUGUAUUACUGGUGCUGCUAUCUGUUUCUCAGCUGCUGUGAUGGAACGUCUGUCUCCUGAUGAAUAUUAAUAAACUCGGUCCUCAUUUAGUGAGUCUCGCUCACUCCAUUAUAAACCCGUUAAUCUUAUCUCUUCCGUUUCCACGGCACCUCACAACUCGUUUAGCAGUACCCACUGGCUUUUCUCUAAAUCUCUGUCUCAUGGGUACACAGUCCACACACACACUGACCCAGAUUUUCAGUGUCCGUCUGUGGCGUCAGAUCUUGUGCCCCCUCGUAAUGCCCCUAUCAAUACAAACACGCCCUUGAAAAAUGUUCCAGUCUCUGUGCUUGUUGCUGUUGUGUUUUCAAAGGCUGUAACAGCGCAGAUGGCUGUAACCCUCUCUGAAUGUCAUGAUAUCACUGAAAGCCUAUUCUUAAAGGUCUGGCACUGAGAGUAGAUACAUUUUACCAUGCUAGGUCACGAUCUGUUUGUUCUCUCUCUCUCAAUAAUUAAUGCUCAGUACUCACUGAGCUUUGGUGUAGAAGAUCCUUUAGGAUGUGUAAUUAGGGGUCAAUAAUAAGAUAAUGUUUUGAACAAAUAAUUUGAGCCUUCCAUGUCACUUAUGACUAGGAACUGAUUUAUGUCUUUUUCAUUUGC